GAUUUCAACAUUUGUGACACAUACCUUGGCUAUGAGCUGUGUGGUGAAGAAAAGCAUUGUUUUUCUUUGCAAGGAACUGGCUACAGAUGGGACAAAGGUUUGCAAGUGUGAAGAACUGUUUGUUUUCAUGAAUCAUAUGUAUACUAACUUUUAAGACUAGCAGUAAUUGAUUAUAUUCAUUUUAGUAUGUCACAUCUUUUUCUUUUUAGUAAAAUCUGUCAUGCUUAAAUGUAUCAUCUUCAUAUUUUCAAAAUGUCAGAUUAUAGGCCUAGUUAUUCUCAUUCACGUAAAUGUGAUUAAACAAAAUUUUAAUGUUUCAUUUAUUGGAAUGUUGUGGAUAUUGUAGAACAAAUGGCUCCUACUUUUUAAAAUGCUAAAUCCACGUUAGAAGUUUAUUAGCAAUUAUAAAAUUAUAUAUUGCAAGAUGGGCUUUUUAUGCUAUUGAUUAUCAUUCAUUGGAAAUGAUUUCAUAGACCUGAACCAAAGCUGGUUGGGGCCCUCUGGUAAUUCCUAUUCAUGAACUCUUCACACCCCCAGAGAUGUUUUGCCCUAAUGGCAAACCAUCUGGCUACCUCAGAAAUGCCAAAGGGGUAGCUUUCUUUAAAUUAAACCUUACAUAAAAUAAGGACUGGAUUUCCUACCUUGAACCACUAUGACCUGGGGCAAAACAUGAUCUUAUGGUUUCACCGAAUCAGAUUGGAGAUCUUCACUGGCACCUUCUUUGGAAGGAUUCCUCAGUGCUAUUGACAACUUAGAGCCUAGUAGUAUUUAUUUCUAAAGUGAUCCUGGGCACUACUGGCCCCUACAUUAAACACCACAUCAUAAGAACUAGCUAGCGCUGGGACAUAAUGGCGGCCGUAGAGACAUGUCCUCAUAGGGGGGUUGCCUUUAUUUUUCAUCAUCGAUAACAUCUUUUUUAUCUACUAACCUUUAAUGGUAGCUGUUAUCAUGAUCCCUAACCCCAGUGCCUUACAUAUUUGCCUAAAAUAUCCAUGUGGCAUUAGCAGGUAAGGUGGUUGUGUCCCCCUGGAGAUUUCCUAGGUCCCAUCUGACAAAAACAACCUAGUCCACCUUAAAACACAUGACGGACAGACUGGGCCAAGAUCAGUUGCUUUUUUAAAAUGGGUUUUAUCUAACACUUUUUUCAUCAAUUUUCCAGAUUUUUUUCAAACAAUUUAGUUCAAUAACAAAUAUUUGUUCAUCCUCAGCGUGCCCACCAUUUAAGUACAACUAUGCUUGCUCUAGUGAUUGUAACUGUGUAGAAAACCAAACAGAUUACUGCACUUUUAACUAUGGACAAUGCGUCUGCAAGCCAGGAUACACUUCAUAUGACUGCUCUGUGGAUAUAGAUGAGUGCACGAAUGCUUCUUCACUUUGUCCAGAAUACUCUGUCAGAAUGUGCCUGGGAGCUUUAACUGUAUUUGUAGGGAGGGAUUACAGAUGAACUUAGAGGGCUAUUGCGAAGGUAGGUUUAACUAAACAUUCUCCAUUAUAAAAGAUAAUACAGAUAUACAUAAAUAUAUGUUAAGAACAAGAUAUAUAUGAGAUUGGAGUAAAAAGCACACAAUAAAAUGACUGUGUCAGUGGAAUGCUUCCACUUGGGGAACACAAUAAUGCAAAACACAAGAAACUUUGAUAAAAAGGGGAAUUAUAUUUAACUAAAAUGGACAGAAAGAAGAUUAAACGCCUAACAUAGAAACAUUAGUAAGGACUACAUAGGAAGUAUAAGGUUUAAGAAUUUUUUUAAUUAGACUAAUGGGAAAUGCUAAUGUCUCAAAAUUUGAAUAUAACAUUUUGAUGAAAAUGGUGGGGAACUGAAGAUCACCAGAAACGUGUACUUGAUUAAUACCCAAUGGCGAUGUGGUGAGAAAACUUUAAUGCAUUUAUUAUUAUUGGAGAAUACAUCAGACAUGGAGUUAUUUUGUGUGUCUCUGUGAAAAUGCGUGAGAUAGGGUGUUGUUUAUUUUGCCCAAUAUUUAGAAGAUGCUAGCUAAAUCUACCAGACUAAAUUCUUUCUUUCUCACCUAUAUAACAAGAAUGACAGGAGUGAGAUCUUCAGAAAUCAAACACAUAAAUCACAUUGUAACUAAUAAAUGUAAAGCACUUCUUGAUACUAAAAUGACAGUUGGCAAGUUUGUUUGUUUAGUUGCAAGAACAUACAGCCAUGUAAUUCAGCUAAUAGAGAACUAGAAGAACACAAAUUACCUCAUAAUUCAUAUAACUGGAAAAAAUUUUCAUAGAAAUGUUGAACCUCUAAUGACAUUAGUUGUUUUUUGUUGUUGUUUUUUUUAAUGUAUUUUUUAUGUCAAACAUUUGGUUUUCUGUGUAAUAUAAAUAAUAGUUGGUCUUUUUUACUUGAGAAUUUAUUUAAACUCGUUGCCUGUAGCAAAAAUGUUCUACAGUUUGUUUCACAGAAGCAUAAAGAUGUCAUACUUCUGAAUUUUUAUCACAUUUUCAUUUUCCAAAGCCUAAGUGUAGCAGGCCUUUUUAAAAAAAAUAUCUGUUAAAAAAACUAUAAAAAUUCAAAUAGUUCCCCGUGUGUCUUCAUCAAUGUGCACUCAUUUCAUUAUAUGUUACAAUAUUCAAGAUCUCUCAGUAUGAUUCUUUAUAUUCAUUUUUGGAUUGUCUUUGAUAUUUAGUUGCUGCCAAUGCCACAUGCCAGAAUAGGACCUGUCCUGACAUAUGUGUGAAGGUCAGAUCAGACAUCAGUGAUGUUUUAGAGGAGCAAUGCUUAUGUCCCACUGGAUCAUAUUUCACUAAUGAAACUUGCCAAGGUAUAUAAUAUCCCUUAAUUUACCCUAUUUUAUCAAGGCAGUUACAAUGUGGUAUUAAUGGUAUAUUAAGAUUUUUAAAAAAUACAAAAUGACAUAAAAAGAAGGCCAAGAAUAUAUUUUUGUCAAUUUAUUAAGUAAUUAUUAAGAAACUUAAUUUUUCCCGGAAAUCUCCAUAUUUAAAUUAAAUAUUGACUUAACAAAAAUGAUAUUUCUAGCCAAGUGAAAAAAUUAAAAAAUUAAACAAGCAUCUCAAGAAUUGAGAACAAUCCACAUUAGACUGUUAAGGGAGCUUAUAAAAUGGUUAAAAAAAAAAUAUAAAAAAACUAGACACAGUUAUUCCCUCUAUUUGAACAAAAUUCGUACAUAUUCACUAAGUUAAUACUGUUUUUGGAACAAAAAAAUUUGUUUUCUUUGCCUAUAACAUGAAUGUUUUUGUUUUUUUAAAUCUCUGCAAUCAUACUGAUUGAAAGGAACAAGAAAAGACCUAUUUGAUCUCUUAUGCUCAAAAAUAAAAAUCUUAAAAAUCAUACCCCAUCAAGCAGAUGAAAGAUUUGAAUAAAAACCAAUAUACUUACAAUAUCGCUCACAAGUUCCAUUAGAAUUCCUCACAAAACCAGGAUGACAGGUGCAAGUGUAACCUCCCAGUGUGUUUAAACAAUAUGCAUUGGGUCCACAGUAGGCAGUGUAACAUUCAUUGACAUCUUCUGAACAACUUGAGGAAGUCCAACCAGCCAAGCAGGUGCACUCACCAGUCCUUGCAGCACAGGAAACGGUGGUAUUAGGUUCACAAUUGCAAGUUAAUUCACAAUUUUGGCCAUACAUGAAAGGUCCACAGUCUGAAAAUUUGAAAAAAUCUUUCAUCUGCUUGAUGGGGUAUGAAAAUGCAACUUUUUUUUAAUUUUAAAAAUCCAAAAUUUAAAAAAAAAGUUGCAUUUUCUGAAGAGUUGAAACUUAAUUAUAUGAAUAUAAUAUGCUUGGUAUGAAAACAACAAUCCUCUUGAAAUAUUUGGGCUAAAAAUCAUGCAUUGAAUAUUUUGAAUUUUAAUUGGUUUCUGUUUGGAAAAAACUGAAGUGCCAUUCUUAUUUUUGUAUGUAAUCAAUCUCAGACUGUCACACUACUCUGAGGGCAAGCUCUGGUACAAUAAUGUCACCUAACUGUCCAGCCAAUUACUAUAUAAUUGUUCAUGGUUAAUCACAGUGGAACAGACAUCAUUUCAAUCAGGUAAAAUAAAAUUGUAAAAAAUUCAAUUUCUCUUUAUAAAAUGUGUACAUUUAGCUAUGCAAGGGUAAAUUAAAAUAAAAAAAUUGGUUUUCAAGACUGUCUCUGUAAAAUAUGAAUAAAUUAUUUUUAUCAAUACUAAAUAUUCUUCUCCACAAUGUUGUAAGUAUAAAUAAAUGAAAUGAAAAUUAUAUAAGCUUAGUUUAUUGAACAGUAUUUAAUUUUUUUAAAUUUUAUUUUAAAGUUUAAAAAAUAAACAUUAAGAAACUACUAAGUAGGUCUUAAUGUCCAUAAAGUGUAGGGGAUGCAGGUGACAAGACAUGGAGGCCGUGGGAAAUUUUUGGAUGAGAAAUGUGUACAUUUUAAUGUUUACACCCAAACACAUGCUAAAUUACACAAAAUAACCUUGCAUAAUUNGUAUUCUUUAGGGUUUAUACCAGAAAGUACUUAGGUAGUGUGUGAUGACUGGAAGGGUCUCAUGAUGGGGGUAAUGUGGCAUGGGAAGAUGGAGUAUUAUUUAGGGUUUAUACCAGAAAGUACUUAGGUAGUGUGUGAUGACUGGAAGGGUCUCAUGAUGAGGGUAAUGUGGCAUGGGAGGAUGAAGUAUUCUUUGAGUUUUAUACCAAAAAGUACUUUGGUAGUGUGGGAUGACUGGAAGGGUUGUGGAAAUGAGAAUGUGCAUGGGUUUUAGAGUUAAUACAACGUUGAUACCUGAAACAGUAUAUUCCAGACUUAACAAUCAAAGAUGGAUUGUUUUGUAGCAGCCCUUUCAGUGUUACCUGGCCAUCUCAGGCAAUCCUGCUGGAAGAAAAGAGAAUGAGUUUGGAUCUUAGAGUUAAUACAACAUGGUACCUGAAAUAGUACAUGCCAGACUUAAAAAUCAAAUCAUAGAUUGCUUUGUAGCAGCCCUUUCUGUGUUACCUUGCUUUCUCUGGCUAUCCUGCUUGUAAUAACUAUUUCUUUAACAUCCAGUAAAAUGAAUAGCAUUUAAUUAGUUAGCAGAUUAAAAUCCCUUGUUUUCUUUCAAUUUCAAGUUUUAAUUUUGUCACAGGUUCCUGGAGUUGGAUACAGAAUGUAAUUACCAUUACGUUACUGUGUUUGAUGGAAUGGACAGAUCCAGACGUCUAGGUGCCUUCUGCUCAAUGACAAACUUGGUUCUUGCAUCUACAUCAAACUCAAUGUUUGUCACUUUUACAAGUGAUGAAAUUGUUACAAAAAAAGGUUUUCUUCUCUCAUACAACUCUUUUGGUAAGUUAUUUUUAAAAUAUAAUUCUGAUUUUUCUCUACUCUUUCUUUUAUUGUCCUUAUUUACAGCUUCCAUAAAUUCGUAUAUGAUUUCUGUGAUCUUCAUACAGCAUCACUUGAUGUUUGAUUCCUUGCCUCUUUCCAAUUGAAAGAUCUAGAGUCCUUUAAAAUUUAACAUUUUAAAUGAUCGUAUCCUAAAUUCCGAUGAAGCUGUUUAAAUGGCUGAUCAGGUACUCAGGAAUUUAUCCUAGCCAGUCUAGGUGACUCAUUUAUUGAUUAUAAUAUGAAGACUUUUUAUGCAGAAUUUUUAUCAAAAUAUUUCUGAAGUUUUACUUAGCUAUUAAAUUCUGUAAUUUAAAAAAAAAUUAUGAAUCAUUACAGUAGUAUAGAAAAAAUAAUAAUGCCCUAUUAUCUAUGGACACCCCAUGCCACAUUUAUCACACAGAGAAGACUGUGGCAGAAUGUGUGUAAACACUAUGAUGAACAGAAUGGGUUUUCUUUAACCUGAUUGGCGAUGCACUUGUUUCAAGGCCAUAGGUAUAGCUUCCAUUUCUGCAUCGAAAUUCGUGCUAUAGUUUUCACUCCACUCAGCCCUGAAAUCUGCUCACUUUGAGAUACCCCCUUUGGGUACUAGAUGAGUGCUUCAUAGACAGCUUCAUUUUCAGUGAUGUAGCAAGAGCUGUGAGUAAAAAGUUUGACGCAAGCAUCCUUGUAGGUCUCAAACUUUUUAAUCAUCCAGAGGGCUCGACGUUAUAACCAGCGCAUUUUCAAGUGUCAGACAUACAUCAGGAGUUUCAAAGUUUUCAUGUGUUUAUCUCUCUAUUAUCAGCCACAUCUUCUCACGGUUUUCGGGCAAAAAUUGCUUUCUCUUGAGUUCACGGAGAUGAUGGAGGGGUCUUUCAAGCAACGUCUGCCUUACCCGCUGGUCUUGCAAUAGAGUUCAGUGUUCCGUUAUUUCCAUCCAAGGGUAUCUUUCCACCCUGGUUAGAAUUGCUUUCUCUCUUCUGAUGUUGAAUGGUUGUGAGUGUUCUGCACAGCGCCCCAUGCACAAACCUGAGAGCCAGGUUCUGUAUAUGGUCCAAACCCUAGAGCCAUUCACUGUGCAAAGGAUCAGUUGGUUAUGGUCAAUGUUUCCCCUUUUGUUCCCAAGGAUAAAGCUUUCUUAAAGAUUAUAUGUCCGUUUAAGAUGGCUAUAUUUCUAUUACGUACAGAGCAUGUCCACCGCUCACGUAUGGCCCAAACUGCUCUUAUGCUUGCAACUGUGACCAAAACAACACCCGCUACUGUAAUAGAACCACCGGUCAGUGUAUCUGCAAGUCUGGAUGGACGUCCUACCAUUGUUCAAGGGAUGUCAAUGAAUGUGCAAAUGCUUCUAACCCAUGCCCUGAGUUCUCCAGCUGCAGUAACUUAAAUGGAAGUUAUGAAUGUCUUUGUUAUGAAGGUUUGCAGAGAGAUAGAGAGGGAUUAUGUGAUGGUAAGCAAUCUAAGUUAGAUGUGGAUUAUGUGAUGGUAAGCAACCUAAGUUACUAAGUUAGAGGUGGAUUAUGUGAUGGUAAGCAACUAAAGUUAGAGAUUGGAUUAUGUGAUGGUAAGCAAUCUAAGUUAGAGGUGGAUUAUGUGAUGGUAAGCAAUCUAAGUUAACAAUAAGCACACAAAAAUAGGAUUCCAAUCCACUGUUCAUGAUACCAUCCUACUUCAGGUAUUUAGAUAAUGCUAAGCAGUUUGAAGCACUGCCCCCCCAUCCCUGUUUAACAUGUAGAUAACAUGACAAGAAGCUGGGCUGUGACAAUCAAAGAUUUGUAUUAACGUUAACAGUAGAAUUCUGAAUAAUGUCAUGUCAUAAUUGUUAUCCCUGUUAAACAUGUAGAUAACAUGACAAGAAGCUGGGCUGUGAAAACAAAGAUUUGUAUUAACGUUAACAGUAGAAUUCUGAAUAAUGUCAUGUCAUAAUCGUUAUCCAUUUGGAGAAGAAAAAUCAUCUAAAAGAAUAUAUGAGCAUUCAACUGAUUCUCAAUUCUUUACAACAGGGAUGGUGGGAAAAAAUGUAGGUCUUUAAUACCAGCUCAAUACUACAAGACACUUGAUAAUAAUUUACAUUAAUAAUGAAAGCUGCAAAAGAGUUAAAGUAGGCCUAUUUAAAGUUACAAUAUUUAGUGUAACUAAUAAAAUUUGAAUUGUCAUGUUUAAUGUACCAUCCCUAUUGAAUAAAAUAAAUUUAAUACCUGAAAAUAUGAUUGAUAUUUCUCUUCAGAAAUAUUUCAAAGGUUCUUUUUUUUUUUUUAAUGCUUUCUGCAAUACUUCAUAUUGCAGCUAAAAACGAUUCAAUAUGUACACGAAGAAAUUGUUCACAUGUUUGUGCAAAGAUAAAGAAUCAAGAUCAGAGUUUGGUGGAACACUGCUACUGUCCUAUAGGCACUGAACCGAUUGGAGAUAUUUGCCAAAGUAAGUCUUAUGAAGCCCCCUCCCCACCCACCCGUAGGUAGAUCAUUUGUAAUUAUUAGGAUUUAGUAAUUUAUGAACAUGUAGAAUAAAUUAUUUUCCACCAUUUCAUUUCUUCAUGUCAAGAGUGUUAUAUUUUGGAUUAUAUUUUGCUGUUAGGAACAACUCUGAAGAUUCAUUAUUAUUAGAUGCAUCCUCUGAAUUAUUGUCUGUUUGUAUUUCAACACACAUAUAAUAAAAAAAACUAUAUAAAUGAUAAAAGCAAUUCUUUUAAAAUUAAGUGGUUCACUGUAGUCUGGGGAGUGCAAGUUGAUGUUCAUAUUAAAUUCAAACUAUGCUAAUAAAAUGUUUUUAAUCAUUGUAACAAGUUAUAUUUUCCUUUCUUUAAAAAUAAAAUUCUGGUCUACGUUGUUGAUGAAACAGUAAGAUCAGACAUUAGUCUUUUUCAAUGACUUUUUGUGAAAUGAAAAUAUGUUAUUAUGUUGGUUUUUUUAAUAUUUGUUGAUUAAAGAAUGUUAUUUUUAUCAGUCUUGCCUGGUUGUGGCAAUGGUACUUAUGGCCAAGAUUGCAAUGCAAAAUGUGACUGUGUGACAGAAAACACUGCCUCUUGUAACCCAGUAAAUGGCAGGUGUACCUGCUUGCUAGGCUGGACAUCUAACGCGUGCGAGCUUGAUGUGAAUGAAUGCUAUCAGUACAACAUAUAUUGUGACUCAUACAGUCAAUGUGUCAAUACACCUGGAAGCUAUGAAUGUGUGUGCUUUCCAGGGUAUGAGACCGGCCCAUAUGAAAACUGUGUUAAAGCAAGUAAGAUUGUUUUUAAAAAAAAAGAAUAUUUAUUUUAUUUUAAGUUAAUUUUUAUGUUUGUUUGUUGUUUUUUUUAAAAAGAAAGGGAUUUGUGUCAUUCCCUUGUAAUUAUACACAACAUUGAAUGCUUGUCUUUCAAACCUCUGCAAUUCAAGUACAGAGCAAGCCAAAUACUUCAGUACUAAUCUUGAUUUUUUUACUCUUCAUUGGCUGAGAAAAGGGUUGUUAGGAUAAGAUAAGAUUAUUUUACUGAUCUUAUCAAAUUGAAAUUAGUUUGGAUUAUUUUUAAAAAUUCAAUUUGAGCAUAUUAAAUAAAAAAUAUAGAUAGCAAAAAAAAAAAAAAAUCUGAUUAAUUUACCAGCUUUCAAAUUUCACAGUAAAUGUAACUUUGGAAAAACAAAAGACAGUCAUCCUGUGUCAUCCCACUAAUCUCUUUAUAGCUUACAAUUGACUUCAGAAUAAUUAUUAGAUUUAAUCAUCCUGUUUAUAUAUAUAUAUAUAUAUAUUUAGAUUCAGAUAAGUGACUGUAAGCUAACAAGUCGAGUUCAUUCUGAUCAUACUACAUUUUAUAAUAUUAUUGUAUGCCAUAAGUCCAGUUCAUUCUGAUCAUACUACAUUUUAUAAUAUUGUAAGCCAACAAGUCCAGUUCAUUCUGAUCCUACUACAUUUUAUACUAAAUUGCUUGCAUUUUUUUCUUCCCUAUCUGAGGCUGUAACAAAACUUUAAGCAACACCACUGGCGUCAUCAAAAGCCCCAACUACCCCGUGAAAUACUUUGAUAACACAGCUUGUUCAUGGACCAUUCAAGCUCCAACUGGCCAUGUGAUAUCUCUUAGGUACAGCUUAUUAGGCAUGGGCAUUGUUACUUUCUUUAAUAAAUCAUUAGGCAUCAUGAAGUGCUUAAAAUAAAUGAGCAAACACCAAAGUGGAAGCAUAUUCAUUUCAAAAUUUAACAUUAAAAAAUAUUUUACUGUUGAAAGAGACACACAUGACCCAAAUAUGUUUUAAAAAUGAUUUCUACUAUGCACACUUUGUUUCUGUUUUUCUAGAUUUUUCACUUUUGCACUGGAAAGGCAACAAAAAUGCACUUAUGAUUCAUUGAGUUUUUAUGAUGGAAGCUCUUCACAUGUCAGGAACAUUGGUGUCUAUUGUGGUCUAAGAAUACCUGGUCUUAUUCGCACUCAUGGCAAUAACUUGUACAUUGCUUUCAAGGGGGAUGGAUCUGUCACCUUUAUGGGUUUCUAUGCUGCUUACAGUUUCCAUGGUGAGUCAACUGUUGCAUUUACAAUGGAAGGAAAGAGCCUCGUGCUAAAUUAUUGUGUUGAGAGGAAUUUUUUAUAUUUUUUUUUUUGAAACAAAGAUUUUAUUUUAAAUUAAAGAACUGAAAAAAUCAAGGGUGUGAACUUAUUGGAUAAAGUAUUACAUUGAAGAGCUAAUGAGUUUAGUGUACCACCCCAAAUGGGACAAGACCUUUAUAGUUUAUAGCCAUAUAGCAAUGUUUGUUCAGUUCAAUUUUCUUGUAAAUUUAAACUCAACAGUCUGUGAAGACUUCACUUAUGGAGACACUUGUAGCAUGAGGUGUUCAUGUGACAGGAACAACACCCAGUUUUGUGACAACACCAAUGGUGUUUGUGUGUGUAAGCCUGGGUGGAUGGGAGGCAACUGUUCCAUUGACAUAGAUGAGUGCCAGGCUAGGAAUUGCCAGGACAAUGAAGUUUGUGAAAACAGCCCUGGAAGCUUUUUGUGUACAUGUAAGCCAGAAUAUACCAAAAAUAUCACUGGACUUUGUGAAGGUUUGUGUUACCCAUAACCUCUUCAUGCUUACUUUCAACUGUUUCUCACAUCAUUAGACUUCUGCAUCUGCUUUUAAAAGAUUUUCUACUAACUAUAUUAAAUAAAAUGAUGCAGAUACUCUCCUUUUUAAAAUGAUGUUUGUUAAAUCAAUGCUAUACAUUGUACUAGUAUUUGCUACAAUAAAAACCAAUCUUCUAGUAGUACUCAAUUAUACAUUUGACGUUUCCCAACAAACUACUUUGUAAAUGUUUUAAAAAUCUAAUCUAUUCCUGUUUUUAUUUUUUUCAGCUCUGUCCAACUGCAAAUUAAAGAACUGCUCCCACUCAUGUUAUAUCAUGAGUCCUGGUGUAGAGCAGUGUAUGUGUCCUGAUGGUCUCAUCUUGGAUAAAGCAGAACAUUCAACUUGUGUUGGCAAGUAUUUAUUUAGUCUCAUUUGAUUAAAUACUGUAUUGUAUGGCAUCCUUCCGUCUUUGUGAGACGAUGGAGUAGCUAUAUAGUUCUACACUUUGACGAGUGGCUCACUAGGCCAAUCCUAGAAUGGCAAUCAUGGCUGCAUCUCUCGCAGGAGAAUAUUGAAUCCCGGUUAAUUCUUGAUUUCCGAAUUGUUCUUUUUGAUUCAAGAGCCUCGUUUCGAGUAUCUUCUGCCUUGUUUACUCCUUCAAACACCGCUGUUCGCCAGUUGCAGCGAUGUUCGGCAAUGAACUCCCAUUCGUUUGUUUCAAUAUUGGCUUCCCUCAUGCUUCAUUUGCAAACGUCAAUGAAUCUCAGGCGUGGUCGUCCAAUGUGUCUUGCCCCUUCUGCCAACUCUCCAUACAGCAGAAUCUUUGGGAUAACUUCCUCCAUUCUCCGUACAUGACCUAACCAGCGACGGCGCCUCUUGAUUAGAAAGGAGAAUAUGCUAAACAUGUGUGCACGUUCCAAAACCUCCACGUUAGGCACCCUGUCCUGCCAACGAAGAUUUAACGAAUGAUUAAAUACUAUGCACACACAAAAAGAGGUGUUUUUUUUUCUUCUUUUAUUGUUGUUAUUAAUUACCUAAAUGCGAAAACUUUUAAGAACGUAGCUAUUUUUUGGCGAGUGGAAUGUAAUGCUAUCAUUAUGUGAUAUAUGUACAAACCAAACGUUUUCAUUUUUCCCAUUGUUUCCAAUACCAUCUGCAUUAACAUCUGCAUCUCUUUCCUUCUUCCAGUUCCCUUUUACCCCUAUGGAUUUACCGCAAAUGAUAAUGUGUUGAAAUAUGACAUGGAUGUUGAUAGAUUGCCUGAUGGUACCUUAGUCAGUAAACCUAUUUACUACAACACUGGUGUGCCGAUUGGAAGGAAAAAUUACCUGGACAGGGUGGCCUAUGUAAGUGGUUGUACAUUUUACAUGUCGUGGUGAAAAUUGAAUGUCAUCAAUUUCUUUUCACCGUUAUUUCCCCUCCUCAAACUGGAUGAGUAUCAUUCCUAAUUUAAAUUUUACGAUCUUUGAACAUUUAAAAACCGUGAUAUAUUGAUUGAUUAUUUUUUUUACAUUAUUCUUUGUCAAGGAUUAGUUUUAAGUAUAUCACUUUUUUUAAAGGUGUUCUCCACUGGUGCAUUCAAGUUUGGAGAUGCUGGCAUUCCUGGAAGUCCAGAUUUGACUGCAGCCAGCGAAGGAAACCACAGCCUGUUUGCUCCAUACUGGGCCAACAUGGAUCCAAGCAAAGGAUCAACAUUUCACCAUUUGUAUGAAAGAUGCGACUCUCCAAGAAGAUCUGAAAUACUAAAGAGGGCCGAGGAAGAGAUAACCCUUUUUCAGAAGUUUUCAGCUUUUAAUGUCAGUUCAGUUUUUGUUGUGACCUGGGAUUCUGUUCAACCAAAUUCUGUGUCAAAUAGGGUAAAGUUUUAAAAAGAAUAAGGUCGUUAUCUUAAAACUAUAAAUCUUAGUCUGUUAAAUAACUUUUUCUAGUGAAAAACAUUAAAUCUUACUUUUUAAAAUUUUCUAAAUGAUUAACACAUUUAAAUUGCAGACAGAUGAAGAGAUCACCUUUCAGGCAGUCCUUAUUAGCGGUCAUGCAACAGAAACUAUCAAUGGACAAGUUGUUUUUGCUGGUACAUUUUAGAAAGUGAUCAUAUUUUGCUUUUUUUCUUUAGUUUAAUAUAAAUAUUAUUUUGGUAGUGAAAAAGAAGAAAAAAAUAUUAAUAAAUGGAAGACUAUAAGUAAGAUAAUUUUUUUUCUGUAUUUCUGUGCAAAUUUCGUUUACUGCAGACUGUGUUUCUGUCACAUUAUGCUGUUUUAUCCUGUCUUAUGUUUUGAUAAAGCCAAUUCUAUGCUUCCCUUGCUUUUCUAGCUUUAACAAAGUCCACCCUUUUGUUAUUUUUGUUUAAAUAUUGGGUAUAAUUCUUCUCUUACUGAUUGAAAAAAGGGUCAAAUCACCAAAUCUAUUGUAUGUAAUACAAUGGUUAAUUCUUGUUUGACGAAAAGGUUUGAAAAGAAUUUUUUAAUCACUUGAUUUGAACUGACCUAAUUCUUUCUUUCUUUUUUUGUUGUUGUAUGUAUUGAAGCUUUAAUAACAGCUUAUUGUUUUGGGUUUUUAUGAUUUCUUGAAGGACACUAGAGCAAUGUUCACUCCAUCUUUGAUUACUACACACUUUGAAAUUCAUAGUUUUUGUGUGGAUGGGUGAGGAGGGGGGAAUUUUUCACAAGAUGUUCAGUACAUAAAAGCCUAGCGUUUUUGAAUACAAAGUUAAUUUAUAUCUUUUAACCUUCCACAUCACAGUAAAGCCCUCUUUUCAUAAUGAGUACAUAUCAUUAUUGAUUAUUCAUUUUCAGAGGGCUUUUUUUGCUUUCAUUGUCAAAUACUUGCACCAAACCAUUUAUUGUGACCUCUUCUACUUUAAUCUUCAACUUUGUCACUGUUUUGUUUUUUAUUGUUUUUUAUUUUCUAGAUGAAGAGACAUCCUAUCUAAUGUUCAUCUAUCAGUUAGGAGCAUUGAACUGGAAAUAUGUAUACAAUUGACCAAUAAGUAUUGGUUAUACCAUCAAUGGGGAGGUAAUAGACACAGGGUUAGGUAAUUCGCUGGAUGUGACAAACUUACCAAAACUGCAUGGAAUCUCAGGU